UCUUGGAAGUUGUGAAUUUAUCAAUAUCUUUAUAAUAAUAUCAAUUUGACUCUUCUACAAGGAAUGUAAAAAAAUUAUCGCCAAUAAAUAAAGCUACAGCAUCCGCUACAUUAUCCGGAACGUUUUCCGUAUUUAUUCCUGAUCGAGCUAAAAAAUCUUCCAAGACUGGACGUUCGUCUACUGAAUGACCAUUCUUCUUGAGAAUCAGAAUCAUCCGAAUCCGGGCUUGAAUCAGAACUGCUUGAAAUUAUUCGUUGAAUAAUAGUUCUAGAACGAUAUAUAAUUUCGUCAUCACUACAAUCAUCAUUCAUAACCCAGUCAUCGCAAUUCGAUAAACUAUCUGCAUACAAAUCUUCAUCUUCGCAUUCUAUUUUAUCGUUGUCCAUUCUGCGAUUAACGGACAGUAGAAUUUGCAAUAGGUAUUUAACACGUUCACGCCGGCGCUGUUCUUUGUGUUUCUCGCCGUGGGGCAGCCCAAUAGUCCAUGCAAAACGACUUCAGUCGCUUCCCGCGCAAGAUGUGUUAACAACACAAGCGAAUUCCUCAAAUUAGUAAAGAUAUUAAUGAAACAUAACAUGCUAAAUAAAUUAUAAUUAAAUUGUGAUCAUCGACGUGGUCACUAAUAACCUUAUAGUUGAUGUGACCUUAAACGAAGUAAUUAAAAAAAAAAAAAAGAACUCCUAAAAAGCACAAACACAUUCCCAUAAUUUUUCACUCGCUUCCCCCCGAAAAACCACCCUCCCACGGAUUCGUUCCACGUCCAACGCGGCACCCUGUAUAGCGAGCAGCCUUGCUCGUUAGAAUUCUUAGCCGCAUUAUUCGUCGAUCACGGACCCGUGUACGCGGUACAUACCAGCAGCAAAGCGGAGAGCCAAGCCUCCGCGGAAUCAUUCACACAACCCGAUCGUUCCCUCUCGCUCCCUCUCCCUUCUCCAGCGUAUCCGAACCCGCGGAACCGCGACCAUAGAGGAGGGAGAAAGGAGAAAAUCGUGAAAAGCUACCGCGUCCGGGGAGUCCCCCUUCGCGGAACAGAGACGACAGAGGGGGCCCCUGGAAGGCGCGACCGAGAAAGAGUAGAAGGCAAGAUCGGGAACGGCCGAUCCUUUCUUUCUCUUUCUCCGUCCACGUUGUCCUCCGUCUCUAUCACGCCGGUUCACCUGAGAAUCGGGGAAUGUCCUCGUAGCGCGAGUGGUCGUCAGUGUCUCGGUAGACCUCCAUCUGGAGCCUAGCACCACUUCAGGAAACGAUCGGCCGGUUUGUUCGCGCGCCACUCAGCGUCACGUGCGCUCUACAACGACGCUGCUCCGGUGCUCGGAGAUGGGCAAAACUCUCAUCUAAACCCUGAAAGAAGUGCGUCGAGGAAUUUUAAGUGACGUUCCGUAGUGCCGCAGGUGCGAAACAGUCUCAUGUGUCACAGCCCGUGCCGACUAGCCAGCUAAGAGAAGCGAAGAGCACCGGGAGAAAUUCCUCUAACCAACUCGAAGAAACGGUCGAAAUGGGAAAACGUGAUUUUGUCGUGUGGUUGACGCUCGCCUGCCUGGUUGGUGAUACAUUGGCGCAGUACAGGGAAAAGAACAUAAGCGGCGCCGAGACAGACGCGGUUCAGGCGAUUCUGGCCAGAUACCUUCAGAGGCGUCUUCAGGGCUCGCAGCUGUCGACGCCGCCGCCGCCAGCGGUCCUCUUCAGUAGCAAUAACCAAGCGAGAGCGAGGCAGGCUGCACAGAGGACGUCCAGCAGCAAUGCCCUGCCCAGGAACGUCAGCGAGAAAGAGAGGAGGGAACGUGCCGAGGAUUACGAAGAUUACGAGGACGACCUCGAGGGCUUCGAGGACAGCGAGAGGAGCAGAACCAAAUUCGAUCUGUUCGCUGACGACUGUCCGAACUGCGUGGACGAGCACAGCAACACCUUGGCCGCCUCGAGAUGGACGAUGCCGCUGCUGAAGCUCGGAGAGAAGAGAUACUACCUGGGGAUCUUCUUCAAGGCGAACUGGUACAGGGCGUCCCAGUACUGUCGGUACCACGGAAUGCAUCUGGCGAGCAUAGCUUCGCAAGAAGAGAACGACAGGCUGGAAAAGCACAUUAAAGACUUUGGCCUCGGACACGAGCACUUCUGGACCUCUGGCACGGAUCAAGCCGAAGAGGGCACUUUCUUCUGGAUGGCCAACGGCAGGCCUAUCACAUUCGAAAAUUGGAACGUCGGAGAACCCAAUAAUUUCAGAUACGAGAACGGCGAGGAGGAACACUGCCUGGAAUUGUGGAACAGAGACGGCAAGGGACUGAAGUGGAACGACAGCCCUUGCAGCUUCGAAACGUUCUUCGUAUGUGAAGUGCAAUGAUCGAUAGGGCCGGUACAUCGACGAUCGAAAAACGGAUUCGAGAGUCAUCGAGCCGCGGGCGAUUCGAUCCACGAUGCAUCUAGUUACCUGCGCGUCAUACACGAAGGUCUCGACCGCUGGAAGACGUCCACGUAGCGCCGCGACGCUUCGCCAUCGAUUUCCCUUUGUUUCUGUGGGACCCCGGAAGAGACCGGAUGAAAAGUGACUAUGUGCGCGCAAUCGUGUUCUCGUGUGUUUCACGGCCGACCGGCGUGUAACGUCGAGAUUGAGUUUAACCGAUCGACGAUGGAUCGAAAGUCUCGCGACAGGACAAUGCGCGCGCAGCGAUCUAUCGAUUUAGAAACGUUCGCGAAUUCGAGCCUGUGCUUCGUCUUCGUCCUCGAGUAGCGUGAUCCUCCGAGCGGAUGUUUUUCAC